AUGGUUUUAACCGGACAUGUUCCCCUCAACGUUUCACUGCAGGCCCUUCGCAUCGGCUUCCCGUCCAAAGUGACGGCAGAGUUGAGACAGCACACCCUGCUGGCACAAGCUGAGGAGCAUCCCUUGAAUGCCAAGAUCGAGGAGACGCGAGACGCUUUGAGUCAGGUGAAGAACGCCUUGUACUCAGGACAGCUGAAAGGCAAAGGGAAAGGCUUAGCACAUCGUGACAUCUCCUUGCACGUCAGGGAUAUCCAGAAGUUCGAGCAGCAGGUCAGCGACGAGCUGAUCGACGCAGCAGAAGUGGUGUGUUCCACGCUGAUUGGCUGUGGUUGCGAUGCUUUGCUCCAAAGUUCCUUCGACACGGUCAUCAUCGAUGAAGCCUCGCAAGCCACGGAACCGCGAUGUUUGGUGGCCUUCCAGAAGGCCAAAAAGCAAUUCAUCCUCGUCGGGGAUCAGAAGCAGCUGCCCCCAGUGGUGCUGUGUCAAGCUGCGGCCGAGAAGGGUCUGCAGGAUUCGCUAUUUGAUCGGCUUUUAAAUUCACCCAGCCUCUUCAAUCGUGAGAUUAACAUGUUGCAGGUGCAAUACCGCAUGCAUCCGCUGAUUCGAGAGUGGCCCAGCCUUCAAUUCUAUGGUGGAAAGCUGCAGGAUGGCCUUCCCCUGAGCUCUUUUUCAAAGAAGUUGAUGAGUCAACCCUUCCGUACGCAGUCAUUCCGCCGCCCAGCGCCCAUCAUGUACCUCGACACUUCCUCGCCCGAUGCAGCCAACUUUGUGCAACACUUCGGCGGAACAAUGUGCGCCAACCUGAAGCCUUGGAUCGCCUUGGUCACUCUGGGAUCCUGGAGCAAAUACAAUCUGCUGGAAGUGGAAUUGGUAAAGCUUGUGCUGAAGACCCUGGUUGAGGCCAUGUUCCUGACCUUGGCUGAGUCGGUCCUCCGCCAUGGCACCGGCACCGGGCGGCUCACCGAGCGAUGUGGUGCACACGAGCUCGGGGCAUAUGCUGCACGAGUCCGAGGUUGGAUUUGGUACAUGGUUGAUGGUACCGCCGGAGCAGCCAUGCCUAUGUUCCGAAACUGCCUCGGACAAAGCGCUGCUGAGGGUGAGAUUUACAAGGUGGAACGCGAAGUGGAACUGGAGGUUUGUUGUAUUUGCUUGGAUUCCUUAUGUGCUCAGCCCGUGGCUGCCCUCCUGUCACUGGAAAGUGACACAACCUCCAGCUGUUUGCACUAUAUGCACGCAGCCUGUGCGGAGCGACUGCGUCCCAGGCGCUGCCCCAUUUGUCGAAGCGCCUUUGACGCCCUCUCAACGCCCAUCAGCAAAGAGACCCUGCAGGAGAUGAAUCCUUCAGAUAUUGUGGCUGGGCUCUGUGUCCUGUCCGGCCACCACGGCCGCGCGGGCACCGUGCCGCCGCGCGUGGCGGUGCCGUUGUUGGCCGCGCUGCUACCGCUGCGGCAGACCACAGUGCAGAAGUGGGUGGAGAAGGAGCUGGUGAACAGCGAGGUGCUGAACACCAAAGCCGUGGAGCAACUGCUGCGGCGGGCGGGGCUGGGGCGAGGCAACGCGAGGUCCGAAGGGACCAGCGCGUCCACGACGUACACAGCGCAGCUGCGGAUCUUUCGGAGGAGCCGAUGGCUGGCCUUGAAGCUGAUGGGAGCAACAGGUGCCGCAUUGCACCUGGGCUGCUGCGGAAUGGCUGCGGGUGUUCUGCUGGGAUGUUUCGGCGCCCUGCCCAACCUGAGGCUUCGCUUCGUUCGCCACACGGAUGAUUUGGCCGAUUUGGACUCUUGGCAAGCCUUGCUGCUCUACGUGGUCUCCGUGGUUUUUAUGGAAUUGGUGGUGCUGAGCCUCCGCGAUCCGAGAUGGGUGAAGCGUGGCCUGCGCUACGGCGCCCUGCUGGGUGCAGUGGUGGGAUGGCUCAAAGCGCUGCAGGUGGUGGAUCCCGAUCGACAUAGUUUUCGGCGCGUCUUUCAGAUGGGUUUGUCAGGGCAAACUACCUGGCCCCGGCAGUGGCGCCUCGUGGAUUCCAUUACCUCGGUGGAGAAGGCGGGUGAAGAAGACAUCGGGGUGAUUUCACCCUAUACUGCACAGGUGAGUCAAAUCAAACAAGCCCUGGAGAAUCAGAAGAUGAAACCACAGGACCUGGAUCUCCGCUUGGAGUCUACCAAAGCGCUGGAAGUGAAGACGGUGGACGGCUAUCAGGGCCGAGAGAAGGAGGUGGGUUUGGAUCAUCGGGAUUCGUCGAUUCGUUUUUUUAUUGAAGCUGAUGCCAUCCCAAAAAUCUAA